AUGGACUCUACCUUGUUGCAUCAAUCAGCAGCGGUGCUGGUCAACCAAUUGACCGAGCGCAUUGAAGACUCCCAUGGAUUGGGCUUCAUGAGUCCCGCCAUCUAUGAUACUGCAUGGGUGUCAAUGAUCCGGAAGUCCGUAUGUGAGCAGAAUACAUGGCUAUUCCCCGAGUGCUUUGGGUAUAUUCUGGAUAAUCAACUUGCGGACGGAAGCUGGAUCACGUACGCUUCACAGAUUGAUGGAAUUCUCAAUACCGCUGCAUCAUUAUUGUCACUGAAGCGACAUCUCAACACACCUCUUCAAAACAGCACCAUCUCGCAUGAAAGUCUCCAAGGGCGUAUCGAUCGGGCGACACUGGCCUUGCAAGCGCUACUCCAAGCAUGGGAUGUGGAUUCCACACUACAUGUCGGGUUUGAGAUUCUUGUCCCCGCGUUGCUGGGCUAUCUGGAAGCAGAAAACAUUGUGUUUUCCUUCCCUGGACGCGAUCGACUGUAUGCAGUCCGGGACCAUAAAUUGGCUCGAUUUAAGCCCGAGUUCCUCUACGCACCUGUUCAGACGACCGCUCUGCAUUCAUUGGAGGCAUUUAUUGGUCUGAUCGACUUUGACCGUGUGCAUCAUCACAAGGUCAAUGGCUCAUUUAUGGCGUCACCCUCAUCCACCGCCGCGGUGCUCAUGCAUGCUGCAGAGUGGGAUGAUGAGUGUGAGGAAUACCUCCGCCACGUCAUUCAAGACGCGUCUGGAAAGGGCUCCGGGGGCGUGCCAAGUGCUUUCCCAUCCACUAUUUUUGAAAUCACUUGGACGCUGUCCACACUUCUCGAAGCCGACUUUGGCUUGGAUCUGAAAUCACUACCAAGUGUUCAGAAAGCUCGCUCGUUUCUUUACAAUACUCUUGUUGCAAACCAAGGAACCAUGGGCUUCGUUCCUAAUGUUUGCGCGGAUGCAGAUGAUACAGCCAAGACCAUUCUCGUACUCAAUCUGCUUGAACAAGAGGUGUCACCGGAUGCUAUGCUGAAGGCAUUUGAAGCCGAUCAUCAUUUUAAAACCUAUCCACACGAACGUGACCCGAGUUUUUCAGCGAACUGCAAUGUUCUACUGGCACUACUCCACACCAGUGACCCGACUCAGUAUGCACCUCAAAUUGAGAAGGCAACCCGUUUUCUGUACACACACUUCAGAGAAUCUGAAUUGAAAGUCCGCGAUAAAUGGAACCUUUCCCCCUUCUACUCAUGGAUGCUCAUGACUCAAGCCAUUGCCCGCCUGCAUGAGCUAUGGCAAACUUCCCAAUUACUGUCCCUGAGGGAGGCUCUGGAGGAAGACCUCAUUGCACUGCUCCAUGACAUGACAAUCUCAGUCCUGCAUCAACAGAGUCGGACUGGUUCAUGGGGCACCAAAGGCUCAAAGGAGGAAACCUCAUACGCGGUCCUCAUUCUUACAUAUGCGGCUAAAUUUGAAUUCUCCGAUGCACCUUCUCAUCAGCUUCUAACGGCAAUCCGAGAUGGUUGCUCGGUUCUACGUUCAGACACUUUGGUGGGCUCGGAACGUCUCUGGGUUGAGAAAGUCACUUAUGAAUCGGAAAUACUGUCGCAGGCAUACACCUUGGCUGCAUUGAAGUGUGCAGCUGAUAUGCCCCAGGGGGAUGGGCGAGAAUCUACUUCCCAUAUUGCCAAUGGGGUAAAUAUAUAUCAUCCCGAGCCUCUUGGAGUCCAAAUCAAGGGUGCAGAUGGCCCUGGAGACUACUGUCUUGAAACUCACGGCUCCGAGACGCACGGCUCUGAAACAAAUGGCCCUGAGACGAACGGCUCUCGAACAGACGGAUCUGAAACAGAUGGCUCUGAUAUUAAUGGUAUCUCAGAGAAUACUCCUGAGAAUCAUGAGCUUCAUGUCAAAGACAUCCAGACAGAUGUUGGUGAAGUGAAUACAAGCCCCCCUGAACAGCUGUCGGUCAAAGGGAACAUCCACGAUAGCAAGCCACAGAUGCAUGAAGAACACCCGCCAGACAGCACGGAGACAAAACCACUCCGCACCAUCCGCGCCGCCAGUCUUGGCCAACGUCCAGAAUGGUCUAUUGAACAAGAAAAGAUUCUUCUGGGACCGUUCGAUUACCUCGAGACCCUGCCGGGGAAAAACAUGAGAUCCGCAUUCAUCCAGGCUUUUAAUGUCUGGCUCCAAGUCCCUCCAGAGCAUUUACAGACUGUUGAGAAGGUCAUUUCCAUGCUUCAUACGGCUUCAUUACUCGUCGACGAUAUCGAAGAUAAUUCUCUACUACGACGGGGCCAGCCAGUAGCGCACAACAUAUUCGGCACGGCACAAACAUUCAAUUCUGGAAACUAUGUAUAUUUCCUCGCAUUACAGGAGAUCCAGAAAAUGAAGAACCCAAGAGCGAUCGAAAUUUACGUUGAUGCCCUGAUUCACCUGCAUCGCGGCCAGGGUAUGGAUGUCUUUUGGCGCGAUUCUCUCAUCUGCCCCACAGAGAGUGAAUAUCUGGAUAUGGUCACCAACAAAACAGGAGCCCUGUUUUGUCUGGCCAUUGAGCUACUUCAGAUUGGCAGUACUGUGAAGGUGGAUUUUGUUCCAAUCGUUCGAUUGUUUGGCAUUAUCUUCCAAAUUUGUGAUGACUAUCUGAACCUGAAAUCACCGAGCUAUUUGCAGAAGAAGGGUCUUUGCGAAGAUCUUACGGAAGGCAAAUUCUCUUUCCCGAUUAUUCACAGCAUUCGGUCGAAUCCUACCAAUCGGCAGUUGAUCAAUGUUCUGAAACAGAAGUCCCAGGAUGAUGAUCUAAAGAGAUAUGCGGUUGCGUAUAUGGAAAGUACCAAUACUUUUGAUUAUACUCGGGAAUUUGUUGCUAGUCUCAAGAUGGAGGCCUUGGAGAUGAUUGGAGAGCUGGAGAACCAGGGAUUAGGCGAGAAUCUUGCGAUCCGAAAGAUCUUGGGUCGGAUGUCUGUUGAUGCGUGA